UCUAUAGGCGUAUUUGAUAAUGCAUGAUGUAAGUUGAGGUGCCCAUUAAUUCAGUUACUAAAGUUUAUAGCCUAUAGACCCAGCAAAUAUAAAUAGAAUGUAUCAUAAUAUGCAGGACAGUUAAUACAGAUUUGCUCUCACUUCCAAAGACAUUAUGUUUAUCCUAUUUUUCUUAAAUGUAGCGGUGAUCAUAUGGGUUAAUCAAUGUGAGUACAUCACCAUGCUAACCUAAAACCAAUACAUUUAACAGAAAUGUACGAUAUAUUAUGUUGUCUUAGACCUUAUUAGGGGAAUGGUGUGUGACAAAAGCUCUAAAAUCCCCACGUCUCGUCCAUGGAAAGUGUUUUGUGACAUCAGCGGAGUGCCCACCGGUGAUUGGUUGCGGAGGGAGGUAACCGCUGCCGAGUAGGAAUAAAAACAUCUUCUAAUUCUCAUCAGUGAACUUGACCUGACUGUUGAGAAGUUUGCAUUUUACCCUAAAACAGAAGUCUACUAAGCUAGAGAAAUGAACAACCCACAGGAGAGAGCUCUUCACGUGGCCACCCCACUGAGGGAGAGCCUUGCCCUGACAAAAAUAGCAGGCACCUCUGUCUACCUGAAACUAGACUCAUCCCAGCCCACAGGAUCCUUCAAGAUCAGGGGCAUUGGACACCUUUGCAAGACAUGGGCUGAACGAGGCUGUGAGAGAUUUGUCUGCUGUUCAGGAGGAAAUGCUGGUAUGGCAGCUGCUUACUCUGCCCGUAAGCUUGGGGUACCUGCCACCAUUGUCGUGCCCAGUGUCACCCCGGAAACAACAGUUGAGAGGCUGAGGGACGAAGGCACCGAUGUGGUCAUUCAUGGCAAGACGUUGAAUGUGAGUAUCGAAUAUGGACAACAGCUUGUGGCCAACAACCCUGGAUGGAUCUUCAUCUCUCCCUUUGAUGACCCUCUCAUCUGGGAGGGCCAUGCGUCUCUGGUGAAGGAAGUGGAGUCCGAGCUGCAGGAGAAGCCUGGGGCGAUGGUGUUGUCUGUUGGAGGUGGAGGCCUCAUGAACGGGGUUGUCGAAGGACUGCGUCACGCCGGCUGGGGAAAUGUUCCAGUCAUAGCGAUGGAGACCAUGGGGGCACACAGCCUUAAUGCUGCUAUAAAGGCUGGGAAGUUGAUCACUCUGCCUGAGAUCACAAGCAUUGCCACAACAUUGGGCCUGACAAGAGUAUCUGCACAGACCCUGAAACUUGCUGGCGAACAUACCGUUUUCUCCGAGGUGGUCACAGACCAGGAUGCUGUCAAAGCUGUCGAGCGCUUUGUUGACGAUGAGAAAGUCCUGGUGGAGCCUGCGUGUGGCGCUGCCCUGGCAGCUGUGUACUGUGACAUCAUUCCCAGACUGCAGAAGGAGGGCAAGCUGAAGCAGGACCUGGGCCCUGUGGUGAUCGUGGUAUGUGGAGGCAACAACAUCAGCAUGGAACAGCUCCAGAAACUGAAGCAGCAGUUGGGCAUGUCUUCUAGCUAGGCAGACAGACGGCUUUGGGUUCUGCUGAUUCUUUCUCCAUCACUCCAUUCCCCAGAUCGUUCCAGCUUUAGCUCCCCUACUUCAUUGUGCACUACCAAUAUGUGCAUCUGAUUAUGAGUCAUGAACACCAUUGUGCCACAUCAUUCCAGACUGUGUGUAGUAUACUCCUGAAAGGGCAAUAGCUUACGGUUAAGAUAGAAAAGCAUUGAAAGGCGUUGAUAGGCAUACAGUCUACUGCUCUGGUAGUAGUAGUCUUUCAAUUGAAUUGCCUAGAUGAUUAACUUCUUGGUUUAAAAUUAACCAAGUAGAGUAGUAUUGUUGUUUGUAUUUAGCAUGUUUUAUGUUCAUGUAAACUAUACCAUUGGUUGUAUUUUCUUCAUCCUCUUUUGUACUGUAUGAGUGAUAUUUAAAAGUAAGUAUAAUUAUACACAUUUUUCCCGAAUAUCCUGUCUGUAAAGUGUCCUGUGUGUAGCUGGUGAGAGAGUCAGGCGCAGGACAGCAGAUAUGAGGAAGAAACCCGUGUCACAAUGCCUGGAAUGGUGGGUGUGGAGUCAAAUGCAGAGAGCAGAGGAUACUGGGGAAACCUGACUUUAUUAGGUUUCCAAAGCGAACGCCCAAAACAACAGGCAAAAUCAGUCACAAAAUUGGCCAACCCAACACAGGGCACAAACGGACAGGAACACAACACGCACAACCUGAUUAACAGAAAACAAGCCCGCACAAAAACAGAAGGGCCUAACAGGCUUAAAUAGACUUAAUCAAAAAACGAAAUAAGAGACAGGUGCGACCAAUAAGACCAAACAAACAGAAAAAGAAAAGGGGAUUGGUGGCGGCUAGUAGACCGGCGACGACGACCACCGAGCGCCAC